AUGGCACCUAUUAACACGGAGAACAACGACGCUCCUGCGCAGAAGAUCCACAACGUGGUGAUCAUCGGCUCCGGCCCUGCUGGUCACACGGCCGCCAUCUACCUGGGGCGUGCCAACCUGGAGCCCCUCAUGUUCGAGGGUAUGCUUGCCAACGGCGUUGCUGCCGGUGGUCAGCUCACGACCACGACCGAUGUGGAAAACUAUCCCGGCUUCCCGGAUGGCAUCGGUGGUUCUGAACUCAUGGAGAAGCUGCGCGCUCAGUCGCAGCGCUUCGGCACCGACAUCAAGACGGAGACCAUCUCGAAGGUCGACCUCUCGAGCCGUCCCUUCAAGAUCUGGCGCGAAUGGGCCGAGGACGAGGGUCCGAUCCUUACGCAGACUCUGAUCCUGGCCACGGGUGCGCUUGCCAAGCGCAUGCACCUGCCCGGUGAGGAGACCUACUGGCAGAACGGUAUCAGUGCGUGCGCCGUCUGUGACGGUGCUGUCCCCAUUUUCCGCAACAAGCCGCUGGUCGUGAUUGGUGGUGGUGACUCUGCCUGUGAGGAGGCCACCUACCUGACCAAGUACGGCAGCCACGUCUACGUGCUGGUCCGUCGUGACGAGCUCCGUGCGAGCAGGAUUAUGGCCAAGCGUCUCCUGUCGCACCCCAAGGUGACUGUGCUGUUCAACACGGUGGCCACCGAGGCGAAGGGUGACGGUGAACUCCUGACUGCUGUGCGCACGAAGAGCACCACGACCGGCGAGGAGAAGGACCUCGAGGCCAACGGUCUGUUCUACGCGAUUGGCCACAUCCCUGCUACCUCGGUGGUCAAGGGCCUGGUUGACCUUGACGAGGACGGCUACGUGAUCACUAAGCCCGGUACUUCGCAGACUUCUGUGCACGGUGUCUUUGCCGCUGGUGAUGUUCAGGACAAGAAGUACAGGCAGGCGGUUACCUCCGCCGGCACGGGCUGCAUUGCUGCUCUCGAGGCGGAGAGGCUCCUUGCUGAGGAGGAGGCCGAGUAA